AUGCAUAUCAAGAAGAAGCCUAAAUGCGAAAAUAAUCCCAUGCGGGACAUCCGCAUACAAAAGCUCUGCCUGAAUAUUUGCGUCGGUGAAAGCGGUGAUCGUCUCACUCGUGCUGCAAAAGUCUUGGAACAACUCACCGACCAGCAGCCCGUUUUCAGCAAGGCUCGUCUCACCGUCCGAACAUUUGGCAUAAGAAGGAAUGAGAAAAUUGCUGUCCACUGUACGGUUCGUGGUGCAAAGGCCGAGGAAAUUCUGGAGCGUGGUCUGAAGGUGAAGGAAUAUGAGUUGCCAAAGUCCUCGUUCAGUGCUAUGGGGCAUUUUGGAUUCGGUCUGACCGAACACAUUGAUUUGGGCCUGAAAUAUGAUCCCUCCAUUGGUAUCUAUGGCAUGGAUUUCUAUGUUAUCCUGGGUCGUGCCGGACAACGUGCGGCGAUGCGUCUCAAAAAUCGGAACCAAGCAUCACGUCACUCGGGAGGAGGCCAUGAAAUGGUUCCAAAGCAAGGGCGCUCGCUGAUUUUUGGUUGGACGCUGCCGCUAAUUGAGCUUCGUUGCGCGCUUCCUGUGGCGGAUGCAAAGCUGAGUCCUGCGCUAGGAUGUAGAAUGAUGGCAAUAGGCCCCUCUCGACCUGCUCAUCAGGUUGUUUGGCUUGGCGCGUUCCACGCCUUGUGGCACGUUAGGGCUUCUUGCCUGCCGAGGUCGGCAUUCGUGCGCGAGACUUGGGGUCUCACCUUACGACAGGUGGGCUAUUCAGGCUGGUCCCCAGCUUUGGUACUCCACCCAGGAAGUGCCUUCACGGAAGGAGAGGCGCGACGAUUCUGCGGGUUGACGACCGCGGUCAACCUCAGCAUUGAGAUGGCCGAAGUGGGUUUUGAGGAUCCGGCGGUUGUCCGGUUGUAUAAUAGUCUUGUGAAUACAUCUGCCAAUGACCCUUAUGAGGACGCCAUUCGAUUUCUGGAGUUUGUUCGUGCCUCAAAGGAUACAGAUGGCUGUCCUGCGAGGCUGCGUUUGGAUGCCCCCACUUUAAUAUCUGCGGGUGCCAAGCCCCAGGUUAUUGAAAGACAAUUUGCCAGUACUCACGGUAAAACUCUCGCACAAAUAUAUAUGGACAUUGGACUUGAGCCCCCUUCGUGCCUUCCGCAGUUGGACGAAGCGGAUGAUGACAAUAGUGAUGACGACAAAGUUAUUGAUGACUCUUCCAGUUUCCCUGCGUUAAAUCUGGAAGAUCCGGUGACUUUGGUGCAGCGCCUGAAAGCAUCUCCUGGGAAAAUGCUCUCCCCUAAAAGUGCUAAGAUUUCGGCAAGGAAUUCUCUACCACGAGCACUGUUCACCGAUUCGAUUGUCUUUUCUUCAGGCGAGGGUGCAUCUUGGCUCUCCGCUUCACAGACCUCUCCUGAGGGUUCUAGCAUUGCAUCAACUUCCUACUUGCAGUCUACCAGCCAUACGGGGAGAGAGUAUGUCACCCGUUCUAAAUCUGGUACACCUGCGCCCCAUUUAGUCCUGAUGCCAGCCUCGAAAUGUAAGAAGAGUAGACGGAAAGCCAGAACUCCAAUAAAGCGGGGUCCUGGUCAACAUAGUCGAUCACCUAUGGUGGGAACGGACUCUAGGAGUAGGAGGCGGCGAAUACCUUCUGGCUCGCAUGGUGGUAGCGGUCGGCGCAAAUUGUUGCAUCGGUCGGUGACAGAGACACCUAAUCCGAAAAUGUCGCAUCCCCGAUGGGAGCGUGCUCGGAUGGCGGCCGCGGAAAAAACAAAGGGUCGCUUGGUGAUAGUGGCCGAGUCUCCGCUCAAGCCCUCCGAACCGGGCGCAGUGAUGAGCAGCCCCCUGCGUCGACUUCGGCGCGCCUCUUCCCUCCUCAACUUUAGGAGAAGCGAUUUGAGUGGCGGCGACAGCGGUGGUGGUGCCUCCUCCGCUGCUUCCACCUCCCGACUGAGUGUCAAGGCGGAGCUGUGGCAACGACGCCAGAUGGAGGAGGAGGCAAGUUUGAGCCAAUUUAGUGGUGGGGAAAGCAACCUCUCCCAAUCUGUCGCCUCUGUUGCCUCGAUGGCUUCUCCACAAUUUCGACGUCGGACUUCAAACCUAAUGGCAAAUCUUAUCUCCCUCCGCUCACCACAGUCUUCGGCUAAGAGUGCGACAAAGCCCGCCCUUAGUUCGGCGGUCUCAUCGCCUCCAGUGUUGAAUUUGUCGAGGCUGAAAUCAGAGUUUUCACAACCACGACCACCACUGGUGCCGUUAAAGGAUCUCUUCCAAGACCUUGACGCACCUUCCAGCGCCACCACUAGCACGCCCUCCAAAUCGGUAAAGACGCCGGCCAAGCGCCCACCAUCGACUGGCGCGACGCCAAAGCGUCGUAAAACAGGUCCGAGGGGGCCAGUGGCUGUGGUGGUGGAGGUACCCACCUCUCCACACAUCUUCGACGAGGCCACAAUGUUUCCCGGGGAGGGAGAGUUCUUCCAACGCACCGCCACCGAUCUCCAGCGAAGGACCCAGCCGCUAGGAGGUGGUGAUUCCCAUACCACGCCAAGGAAAUGCGUUUCCCGCCCUCCUUCAGCGAGUGGUGGCGGUGACAAAAAAUUACAGUCAAUUGCGGCAAAGAGAGUGGGAGAAGUUACGCCGUCGCGACUUCGAAACCCUCUCAUCCCCUCUGGCAACACCCGCAGUGUGAUGCGAUCUGAGGCAUUUGGGGAACAACCCGUGGUAGGUGGUGGUGGACCCUACACGACACCAAGGAAACGCGUUCUCUGUUUGCAUUCGCCAGGUGGCGGCGGCGGCGGCGGCGGCGGCAACAACAACAAAGAAUCGCAGCUUACUGCAGAGGAGGAGGAGGGAGGAAAUGCCAUCUCAUCGCAUUUCCUAGAUCCCUUCAGUCCUGCUGCCAAUACUUGCAGUGCGCUUCAGUCAGAGGCAUUCGAAUGGAGUCCCAGUACCCCCUCAACUUCUGGUGGUAUGGGAAGAAGUAUCCUGUCUCCCCAUCAGGUCACUACCAGGCGGAUAACGCCUCGCAAAGGCCUCUUCUGUCCUACCGCCAGCCCACUCCGAGCCUUGAGUCCCAGUGCCCCCUCAACUUCUGGUGCCAAGGGGAGAGGUAUUCUGUCUCCUUGUCAGGUCACUACCAGGCGGACCACGCCUCGCAAAGGCUUGUUUCGUCCUACCGAAACCCCAACCCCACCCCCACCGCGAGCCCAGGACAAUGCAGAGAGGCAGAAUGAAGAGGCAACGGAUUUGCCCAAAAUGCGUCUCCGACCACGCCGCUCUCUCUUCCGGUGA